AGCAUCGUGGUGACAUUGUCAGUGUUUUAGCAGGGUUUCGUCCACAUCGGCUAAAAAAAUACGUUUUCCUCGGGUUUCCGACCCUAGUUUUGAAGAAGACUCAAAUCAGUGAAUCAUUUUUAACUAGUUGAUAGAAGCGAAUCGUCCAAAUGAACCGAUUCGCUAAAAUGAUUCGAACGUUCCUACUCUGGAGCACUAGGCUCUUGUGUAACUGGAAAUCUGUGCUAGGCGUUCGGCGCUGAUGACGUCAGACUGUGCGCCGGGAACUGUCGUUUCAAGCUUCCGCGACAGGCAUAUACAGAAGCAGAAUAUAUUCUUCUAAUAAACAACAGAGGAAGCGCAAUCAUGGACAGCGACGAUGACAACAUUGAAGAAGUGGUGGAAGGACCACUGGAUGAGGAUGACCAGCCUCAUGGUUUCUGCACUGUGACUUACUCCUCCAGCGACAGAUUUGAGGGACACUUUGUUCAUGGGGAGAAAAAUGGAAAAGGAAAAUUCUUCUUUUUUGAUGGCAGUAGGCUGGAGGGUUUCUAUGUGGAUGAUGCUUUGCAGGGCCAGGGCAUUUACACUUACGAGGAUGGGGGAGCAUUACAUGGGACUUACAUAGACGGCGAGCUCAAUGGCCCUGCUCAAGAGUUCAAUCCAGAAGGUCAACUGGUCUUCAGGGGCCAGUACAAGGACAACAUUCACUAUGGCAUGUGCUGGAUCUACUACACGGAUGGCGCCUGCGUGGUUGGGGAAGUGAAUGAAGAUGGAGAGAUGACUGGAAAGUCUGUGUCUUAUGUUUAUCCUGAUGGGCGUACGGCUCUGUAUGGCUCCUUUGUUGAUGGAGAACUGAUUGAGGCCCGACGUGCCACUCUUACCACCCAAGAGAACAGCCGACCACACUUCACUGUUGAUCCAGAUAGUCCCGUUUACUGCUACGAUAAAUCCACCUCGUCAUGUAUCGCCGGUCAUAAACUGUUGCCUGACCCCUACGAAAGUCAACGUGUGUAUGUUGGACAGUCACUUAUUUCCGGAGCUGGAGAAGGGCUGUUUACAAAAAUUGAGGCUGAGGCUAACACAGUGAUGGCUUUUUAUAAUGGUGUCCGCAUUACACAUACAGAGGUGGACAGUCGUGACUGGUCCCUGAAUGGGAACACUAUUUCAUUGGAUGAGGACACUGUGAUUGAUGUUCCGGAACCUUUCAAUCUGACGGAGAAUUAUUGUGCAUCUCUAGGUCACAAGGCCAAUCACUCCUUCACUCCCAAUUGCAAAUAUGAUCAGUACGUCCAUCCUCGUUUUGGGCGAAUAAAAUGCAUCCGAACAAUCCGUGCUGUGGAGAAAGAUGAAGAACUCACUGUUGCUUAUGGUUAUGACCAUGAGCCAUCAGGGAAGUCUGGUCCAGAGGCACCAGAAUGGUAUACAAAGCAAUUGCUGGAGUUUCAGCAGAGGGAGUCUGGAGAAGAUGCUGACGAGACCUGCUAAGACUCCUCUCACCACAGCUGUCUCCCAUCCCAACCUGUAACUACCACCAGAAACUCUAACUUGGUUCUUCAACCUUCUUGCAGCUAACACCAACAUCUAAUCACCCGUGAACUGAUUUCUGGCAUCCUCAUCAGUUUGCAAGGAUUCACUCAGAUCACUGAGCAAACUGCAAAAUACUAUGGUUCUACAGUGUGGAAGGACUAGUAUGUGUGUCAGUUGGUGACUGA